CGUCCCCUCUGACGUCAUCACGCACAGCGUGUAGCAGCAGCAACAUGUCUUUGAAUGGAGAUGAAGACUUUGAGUGGGAGCCUCCAACCGAGGCGGAGAUGAAGGUCAUCCAGGCUCGCAGGGAGCGGCAAGACAAGAUCAGCAAACUGAUGGGAGAUUACCUCCUGAAAGGAUACAAGAUGCUGGGAGAGUGCUGUGAUCUGUGCGGGACUAUUCUUCUUCAGGACAAGCAGCAGAAAAACUACUGCGUCUCCUGUCAGGAGCUGGACUCUGAUGUUGACAAGGACAACCCUGCUCUGAAUGCUCAGGCUGCGUUGUCUCAGGUGAGGGAGAGGCAGCUUGCAGCCCAGUCCCCGGCUCCGUCGCAGACACAGGAACUCAGUGGAAGUUCCACCAGCAGCCAAGCCGGUGCGUCGGUCCCUCAGCCCAGGCCAGAGCACUGUGAGGGGGCUGCCGCUGGGGGACGAUCCCUUCUCCCUCCGCCUGUCGUCCCUCCUCCUGCGGCCGCCUCCACCCCCGUCGUGGCCCCUGCUCGCCCCCCGGCUAGUCCACCGAGUCCUGCCCUGCAACCGGAGCUCCAAGACGCGGAGGAAGCUGUUCUCACCAAACUUCGCUGGGCCACUACCCAAUUACAGAGCUCAGCCUCCCUGGAGGCGAGUAUCCAGCUCUGCAGCCUCAUCACCAGCUGUGCCAACUCGCUGCGCAGCCUCAAGGAGCUCAGCCAAUAACCACUGUACAGUAGCUGAAACCGUGGAGUGAUAGGAACACUGUUUCUACUUGCCUCUGUUUUGGAGUACUGACUCUGGCUUAGCUUCUCUCUUCGGCUGAAUCUAUGCUUAAAGCUGAAUUCAAAAUCGGUCCAGGAUGCACUUGAAAUAGGAUUAAAAUGUCGGAAGUGCACACAUUGUUAUUGGGUUAAUGCAAGCAUACAGCUGGCAGAAAUGUCACGUGUUCGUAUGAUGGCUUUUGUCAAAUUGUGCGUUAUAUUAUGAUUACAGAUAUUCGACAUUUGUCAAAGCACAUUGGUUGUCCGUAUUCAUUUUAAAAUAGCUGGCCAGUUAAAAUUUUUAAUGAUUUGUAUACCACAAAAACAAUCAUGCUAACUGGUGUCCAGAGUUUGCUGGCUGGCUGUUCCCACAGCAGCUAACGUAUACACAUGAGGAAACCAGACUGCUGUUACAGUAUGUGGUUGCAUUAUGUUCAGAAGUUGCUGAUUUGCAAGCUAAAAUUCCAGUUCACACACCUGAAUAUUGAUUUUGCACGAAAAGUUUGUGCUGGACCGCUUUCAGUGAAAGUUUCUCGCAUGUUGUUGAGGAUCCCAGUGCUUAAAUACAAACCUGACUUCUCCAAGCCGGAUUAUUUCUGUUUGCUACUCUCAUGUCUGACCUUCAGAUUUGUGUUGAGUUCCUGUGUGUGAUGUGAAAAUGAUUCAUCUAAGGAUCCAGUUAUAUUCAUUGACCUGUUUUGUGUUGUUUAUUUUCCCUGAAACAACUUACAAAUGAGUAAUAGUUUAUUAGGGAGCGCUGUGUGAUUGUGGAUCUGGCUCAAGGAUAUUUUGAAUGUAUACUGGGGAAGUUUGGGUUUGAACCUAUGAUCCUCCCAUUAAAAGAAAAUCUCUCUACUUUCUAGUUACAGCUCCACCAUUUUAGUUCUUUCAGAUGUAAACCUCACCUCAGAGACCAUGCAGAAAAAGAAACCACACUCACUCCUCCUUUUUACUUUUGCUAAAUCCCUGGAGGCCUGUAAGCUCAGUAUUACGUUCUUUAAUGCCUUGCUCAUUUAGGAACUGAGGAAGAACAACCAUAUUGUUAAUUGCCAUAUGCAAGCUACACUACCCAGAUAAAAGUAUCCAGAGGUAUUUAUUGGUUUCUAAUGUCAUCAACAAAGUCAUAAAAAUGAAACGUAUUUGUUUUUUUUCCACUGACAAUCUGCUGGAACUCGGUCUCUGAAAACCUCAGUAUUAUUAUUAUUGCAUCUACAGUAAACAAACUGGAUUGUACAUGAAUGGUUGGCGCUUUGUAUUAGAGAAGCCAGUUUCAGUGUCAUUUGAGGUAGUUUUCUAAGAAUGCACCAAAAUAAAUCCUUCUCAGAAGCA